CAGCAGGCCUGCGUUUCCACCAUUUUGGGGUGAGAGCGACUCUCGGUCCACUAGUUUCUAUGGCAUCAGCUGCUUUGUUAAAACAAAAAAGUACAUUAAAGCUGUCAAACCGUUUUAGACAUCUCUCCAUCUGUACAAUAAAAUGGCAGAAUCCAAUGUUCCUUUGUCUCAGGAUCAGUUCAGCUGUUCAAUCUGUCUGGAUAUACUGAAGGAUCCAGUGACCAUUCCCUGUGGACACAGUUACUGUAUGAACUGUAUUACAGGCUGCUGGGAUCAGGAUGAUCAGAAGAGAGUCUACAGCUGUCCUCAGUGCAGACAGACCUUCACUCCAAGACCUGUUUUAGGUAAAAACACCAUGAUGGCUGAAGUGGUGGAGAAACUCAAGAAGACAAAACUACAAGCUGCUCGUCCUGCUCAAUGUUACACUGAAUCUGGAGAUGUGGAGUGUGACAUCUGUACUGGGGUCAAAAACAAAGCCAUCAAGUCCUGUCUGGUGUGUCUGUACUCUUACUGUCAGACUCAUUUUGAACAACAUGAGAAUCUCUUCAGAGAUAAGAGACACAAUCUGAUGGACGCCACUGGACGACUGCAGGAGAUGAUCUGCCCUCAACAUGAGAAACUACUGGAGAUUUUCUGUCGCACUGAUCAGAACUGUAUAUGUUAUCUGUGUACAAUGGAUGAACACAAAAACCACGACACUGUAUCAGCUGCAGCAGAGAGGACUGAGAAACAGGUAUGA